UUUAAAAAGAGCAUUGCACACACCUGCACUAUACAUUUCUGGAGCAGCAAACACACAGACUUCACUUCUCACACUGUGCUUCACCAUGGCUCCCUACACUCUCACAUACUUCGCUAUCAAAGGCCGAGCUGGUCCUUUGAAGAUCCUGCUGGCGGACAAAGAGCAGCAGCUGAAGGAGAAUGUGGUGAGCUUACAGGACUGGUUGAAGGGCGACAUAAGAGCCACAUGUCUCUUUGGACAGUUGCCUAAAUUUGAAGAUGGUGACCUGGUGCUGUAUCAGUCCAAUGCCAUACUCAGACAUUUGGGACGAAAACAUGGUGCAUAUGGAAAAAACGACUGUGAGGCUUCUCUCAUUGACAUGAUGAACGAUGCAGCUCAAGAUCUUCGCCUGAAAUACAUUAAACUGAUCUACCAGGAAUAUGAGACUGGUAAAGAAGCGUUCAUCAAAGAUCUGUCCAACGAGUUCAAACCAUUCGAAAAUAUUCUGGCCAAAAGCAAAUCUGGAUUUCUGGUUGGGGAUCAGAUUUCACUUGCAGACUACAACCUGUUUGAUCUCCUGCUGAAUCUGAAGGUGCUUUCUCCCUCCUGUCUGGACUCUUUCCCGUCUCUCAAGAGCUUCGUGGACAAGAUCUCUGCCCGUCCCAAAGUCAAAGCUCUGCUGGAGUGUGAGAACUUCAAGAAACUGCCCAUUAACGGCAACGGCAAACAGUAAAUCAACAGAACAUUGAUGCAACGUUCUCAAAUGCCACUUACUGUUAAAAAGCCUUAACUGGUGCUCUCUGAUGUCUGAUGUGUAUGAAUAUCUGUUUUGUAUUUUUAACUAUUUUGAUCAUUUUUACUAACAUAAUGAUCAUCAAUUUGCUAACAUAAUGUAAUCAAUUAUAAUGAAUAAAAUAUUGAACCAUCCAGAA